CGUCCAACAUGACUACGGGUAUCAACGUUGGAUUUAGUUUCUCUAUAAUGAUAACACUAAUUCUCAAUGGACGAAUAAUUCUUGGACUACCAAAGGGCAAUGGGCAAAUCUCUCCAACAAAGCUCUGCGAUGUGAUGCCACUGAAUAGUUACUCGUACACCGAACUGGGUAGGGUUUUAAAGGAUAUCAAGAAUAUAUUGAGCAGCAAGAGGAACUCCAUUGGAUUGAGUACAGCAAUGAAGAGGAAGACCCUACGCACGACAAAGAAGGCCGAGAAACAAGUAAAGACAUUAUCCAAACAGAUGUUACAACUGGAGUCCGGAGAAUUACUCGUCGAUGUGUUCAGAGCAUAUCUUAUUAUUGGGUGGUCGAAUCCUGGUGGAAACAAAACUCUAAAGCCGUCGUUAGAAAACCCCGGAGAAUUCUUUGAAAAAUAUCAAAACUCAAACAUAACUGAAUUCGCAUCUUAUACUUCCACAUUGCUAUCAUUUGUUAGAGAUUUACAUAAGGUAUUCAUGGUUUUGAAAAGGGAAACAUUUGACGUGGAAUUAUUCGGAGAUUUGGUCAGCUGGAUCCAAUCUUUGGAACUAAUGCAGACGAACUUGAACAAACUCAAGAAGAUUACAAAUGCCGGGAUACCAAAGCUUUUGAAUCAAUUGGAACGGACGGUCGGAUUGAUCCGAAAGUCAAUUUGUUUUCAAACUACAAUGACUGUGAAGACGACAGAUGAAACGGAAACGACGGUUGGUCCUACAACAAUACCACAAACAUCAACACAUGGUUCUGGUA